ACACACUAUCUCUUGGAGAGCUAGCUAGCUAUACAGUGAAGGGAACGAAGCUAAGUCCGGCCAUGUCAGCAAAGCGUACUAGUCCCACAUAUGAUCCAAACCUGGUGGAAGUCAAAGCCAAGUUUGAGUGUGAGUUUCGGAGGUUCAGUGUCGAUCGUAAGCAGACCAACAGUUUCGAGGGGCUACACUUACAAGUCAAGAAUUCUCUCCACCUUCCCUCUGACAUGCCAUUCACCAUCUCCUACACUGACCCCAGAAACAAUGACCUCCUUCCCAUCACAAACUCAGAGAACAUGAGUCGGGCCUUCACCACAGCCAUGCCUAUGCUCAGGCUGUUUGUCUACAGGAAAGAAGACCUUAUGUUGGAAGACAUGACUCUCAGAGCCAAGAAACAAAAGCGGGGUGUGGUCCCAUCAGAAGCGUCCAAAAACAUCAGUGGUCCGAUAGAUUUCAGAGUUGUCUCGUCGAUUGUCGAUGCUGACCUACUACCUGACACUGUUCGAAGAGUCAAGCUACUCAAACACUCUUCAGAUCGGCCUUUAGGCUUCUAUAUCCGAGACGGCACAAGUCUUCAUGUAACUCCCUAUGGAAUAGAGAAAGUGCCCGGCAUUUUCAUAUCUCGAUUGGUACCUGGGGGAUUGGCCGAGGGAACAGGACUGUUAGCAGUCAACGAUGAAAUUUUAGAGGUGAAUGCUAUCGAUGUGAUUGGGAAGACACUGGACCAAGUCACAGACAUGAUGGUUGCCAACAGCCAGAAUCUGAUUAUCACCGUGAAACCAGCCUCAGCCCCUCCCAGUACACCUCGCACUCAGCCACAAGCAAAAAAAAACUCGAAACAAGGGUCAGGGACGUUUGGAAAGUCGGGUCCUCGAAAUACGAGUGAGCUACCCUCCAUUGGCGCCACUCCUGCCUCUCAGAAUAGAUUAGACCCAGUGAAACCUGGCCGAAACAGUGCAGACUCGAGUAAUUCAUCAGAUGAGAAACUCAAGUCAACGGACAGGAACUCGCCUCAAGGGGACACUUCAUGAUUAUUGUCAUGUGUUUAUGUUUUAGUAUAAUAAUAUUAUUAUUUCGUUUUUAGAUCUAUUAUUAUACACUCUGUCUCUGUGCUUUUAGCACUUGUUUAAUAGUUUCAAUGUGAGAUUUAACUGAAUCGCCCGUAUACAAAUGCUCUAUCAGAUAUUUAAUUUUUAUGA